CGCAUGAAUGCAUGCACCACACAAAUCAUGGCCGCCGACUCGAGGCAGAGGCAUGUCCUCUCCAUUCAAAGCCACGUCGUCCACGGGCGAGUAGGAAACACUGCGGCAGCCUUUCCUUUACAACUACUAGGCUACGAGGUAGACCUCAUAAAUAGCGUGCAGCUCUCCAAUCACACGGGGUACCCUACGUUUAAAGGACAGGUAUUAGAGGCAGCAGAACUGGACGUCUUGCUGUCUGGGCUACGCUCAAACUCGCUUCUCUCUAAUUAUACUCAUAUCCUGACAGGUUAUAUUGGAUCUUACUCUUUCCUUAGCAAAGUGUAUGAUUUUGUGAGAGAGAUGAAAGGCAAGAAUCCAAAUCUUAUAUACGUUUGUGAUCCUGUUAUGGGAGACAAUGGACAGAUGUAUGUUCCUAAUGAUUUGCUACCAGUGUAUCGUGAGAGACUAGUCCAAAUUGCCGACCUUUUGACUCCAAACUGCUACGAAGCUGAAUUAUUAACUGGCAUUAGUAUAAAGACUGAGAAUGAUGCACAAAUGGCAAUAGAAGCACUGCUAAAGGAAGGAGCUAAGACGGUAGUCAUAACAAGUAUUGAAUUAAAUACUGAUGACAAUAACCUAAUACUCAUAGCCGGUAAUAGAGAAGGAGAAAAGGUUAGAUUGUCGUAUCCUAAAAUCAGAGCACAGUUCACAGGUACAGGAGACCUUUUCACAGCUCUGCUCUUAGGAUGGAAUGAGCAUGGACUUAAAGUGUCAUGUGAGAAGGCUUUAAUGACAAUGCAAGCAGUUCUGAAAAGGACACAAGAAAAUGCACUAAGGCUAUCGGAAGGUAAAGUACCAUCGGCUGAGCAUAUAGAACUACAACUGGUGAGGAGUAAAGGAGAUAUUGAAUCACCACCUCCUUUUCAUUCAUCCUGUAACCAUGUGACAUAAA